UUUAACAGGAGAGCGAAGAGUUUGGCCGGGUAAAACACCAGCAUAAUUACCCCAACAUGUUGCCGGGGGAAAUCUCGCAAUCUGGCUACAAGCUUGACUUCCAUAGCACUCAACCACGGUUUUCGAUAGUUCAGAAUGGCCCGCCUCCAUGUUCUCACUCUGACAGUUUCCGCACUCCUUGUUCUAGCACAGGCAGCGCAGAUACGGUGGAUGCCCCUCGGCGACUCCAUCACCGAUUAUGGCUGUUGGAGAGCCUGGAUCUGGGAGCGGUUCCAGAAGGACGGCCACGAUGUCAACAUUGUCGGCAGCCAGGUGGCAGGCGAGGACUGCAACGGCCUUGCCUUCGACCGCGACCAGGAGGGACACCCAGGAUUCCAGGCCACCGACAUCGCGGCCAAAGGCCAGCUCGUGGAUUGGUUGAAGCAGAACCCGGCUGCCAUCGUCACCAUGCAUCUCGGCACCGUUGAUAUUCUCCGGGGGAUGCUGAGUGGACUGGAAGUGCUCACGGCACUGGGAAAGCUGGUUGACCAGAUGCGAGACAGCAACCCAGCCAUGAGGAUUAUUGUAGCGCAGUUGAUCCCGUUGCCGGCCAUGGAUAGUGAGGUGCGGGAGUUCAACGCAGCGAUUCCGGGGUAUUUUGCGGACAAAAACUCGACGGCCUCUCCCAUAUGGGUGGUGGACCAGUGGACCAACUUUACCAGCGCUGACUUGUACGAUGGCAUCCACCCGAGUGCGUCUGGGGACGUCAAGAUCGCCGACAGGUUCUACCCAGCCUUAGUCGGGGCGAUUCAGAGUAUUCAGGGAGAACUGAGGGCGUAAGGGACGUCUCCAUUUGCUCAUAUAUCAACCGGUCAUUUCCACUGAGUCUUGUCAAAUGUAGCAAGUCCUCAACUUCAACGCAGUCAUUAGGAUAUUAGGG